UUUUUCAACAUCUCAGUUCAGUUUGGUGUUUGAUCACAUGAUCUUAACCAACUUGAGUAGCUACAUUAAAUGAUAUUUCCACAUCCAUAAAUACUGUCAGCAGAACAGCACGACAGCAGACGACAUUCCAAUUUCCAUUGUAAACAUGGCAUGGGCUAGGAGUUCUUUUGGUGACUUAAAUGCAGUCAGUAUUCCAAAGAGAAAUACACAAUAUUAUAGAAAUUCAACCAAUCAGGGAUCAACAGUGUGGAACAGGAACCAGCAAGGCACAUCAACUGGUAAAACCCAGCCCUAUGGUGUGAACCCAAGAGGGGAUAACAAUGCAUCAUACUCUUGGCAAGCACCUAUCCAGCAUCAGAAAUACAAUACAUCAUACCCUGGACAAGGACCUAUCCAGCAUCAGAAAAACAACAAUGCAUUAUACCCUCGGCCUCAGCAAGGACCUACCCAAGAGAAGAAAAACAACAAUUCAUCAUACCCUCGACAAGAACGUACCCAGCAGCACAAAACCAAUACAUGGCAAACCCCAGACAAGAAUUCUGUCUCAAAACUUGAAACUCUUAUGGCUGGAUAUACAGCGAAUGUGAUUGGGGUUGUCAUAGCCAAGGACAGUCCACGAUCCAUAUUCUCUAAAAAAAAUGCUGGUUCGGAGAGGUUUCUAGUGAAUUUCACACUGCGUGACUCUGUGACUGCCUUUGUGAAUGUUACAUGCUGGGGAAGUGAGAACUACAUAAAAGAUCUCUGUGCCGGCUUUUGCAUAGGAGACAUCGUUAAACUAGGCAAUGUGCAGGUUCAGUCAAAAACAUCUGAUGGAUCAGAUGAGAAGUUCAGGGCUGCAACUCCUGUCGGUUUCCAUUUAACGCUAAGCGAGAAUCACAGUUCCCUCGCCCUUUAUGAUGGCCUAGAUCUAGGAGCCUACGCAGCGCUUCAGCACUUGCCAACCAAGCCCAAUUGUGACUACUACACCCUGGAGGAUGUACUGGUCAAUGGGCAGGGACUCAAUGCAGAGCACAUAAAUCUGCUGGCGGUGGUGCGCAAGAUAGGACCUGCUCGUGACAUUGUGACUAAGACAGGGAAGAAGACGAGUCGCUGUGAGAUUGUAUUGAUGGAUGAGAGUUGCCCAUCCUUUCCCUUUGUCUUGUGGGGAGGAGAACUGGUGGACUUUUCACAAACAUGGGCACCACUAACUACAGUGCUAUUCAUCGCCGAUGUCCGAGUCAACUAUGAUGAUUUCCGGUCUGGAAUGCUGGCUACGGCAGAUUCAAAAACCAUCAUCACUGUUAAUCCAGAUACGAUGGAUGCCAAGUGCCUGUUCCAGUUUGCACAGACGCAGACCUCUCUGUUGGCAGCUGAUGAAACAGGCUCAUCCGAGCAAGCAGAUCCUCCAGUUGAUCAAAUCCAGGAUGUUUUAGUGGUAGAACAGAUUGCAAACAGUGAUGGCCUCAUUUCCUAUGGCCAACUUUAUGGGGUCAUAACCAAGUGUGACCUUGAUGCCGAUAAUGUUGACCAGUUCUACUGGAGGAGAUGCUCUAAAUGCAAGCAAACAGUGGGCGCCUCCAGUGGCUAUCAGUGCACCAACCAGAGCUGCACGCAGGGGGCUCUGGGAGUGUUCAACAAGUCAGGGGAGGUGACUCUAGACGAGCCUGAUACGGAGUUCAGCCUCCCUGUUGACAUCUCUGACCACACUGGUACCGUGCACAGUCGCUUGUCUGAACAGGCCUUGGAGUCACUGCUGGGUAUACAGGUGUGCACUCUAAUGGCGAUGUCCCCUGCAUCAAGAACGCCAUACAAAUGGAAAAUUCUCAUGGAAAGGUUCAAGUUCUAUAUCAAAAUGGGAAAGACAUUCAAGCAAGCAGAUAGACGAUUGUCAGUGAGAGUCUUGGCCUGCUGCAGGGCAGACCCGGCAGAGAUGGAAAGGAAUCUGCCACAUUAAGACUAGUAACUUGAAACUUGUUGGUCGUACUAAAAUCAAUACUGUGUGCUGUUGUUGAACUAGAUCUUCAGAGACAUUUAUCUGCAUUGUCUUCUGAAAAGGUUGCAAAGGCAUAAACAUGCCUAAUUUUAA